GAGAGAGAGAGAGAGAGAGAGAGAGAGAGAUGUCCGAAGAGUAUGAGCUGAACGAGAUAGAUGCCGACACCUUGCAUGGCUCCGUGGGGAGCAGGCUCUCCCUGGUUGCGAGGGAGCUCAAGUCGAGGAGGAGCAGCUGGCAAAGUAGUAGCAGCGUCCUGAGGCUUCCACAGAGCUGCUAUGGCAGCUUCGUCAUACACCCCAAUGGAAGGUGGUACAGGAUCUGGUCAAACGUGAUGUUUGUAUGGUCCAUCUACUCCACAUUCUUUACCCCCUUCGAGUUCGGCUUCUUCCGGGGCCUCCCGGAGCACCUGCUGGACCUCGAGUGCGUGCAGCUCGUCUUCCUCGCCGACGUCGCCGUCCACUUCUUCCUCGCCUACAGGGACGCCCACACCUACCGGAUGGUCUACGACAAGCGGAAGAUCGCCCUGCGCUACAUCAAAGGAAGCUUCGGACUUGACAUCCUAGGUUGCUUCCCAUGGGAUUUCAUAUACAAGGCCACAGGAAGAACGGAGAUGGUGAGGUGCCUGGUGUGGCUGCGGCUGUACAGGGCCCGCAAGAUCAUGGCCUUCUUCAAGAGGAUGGAGAAGGACAUCCGCGUCAGCUACCUCCUCACGCGGAUCGUGAAGCUCAUCACCGUCGAGCUCUACUUCACGCACACCGCGGCCUGCGUCUUCUACUACCUCGCCACCACGCUGCCGCCGGCGCGCGAGGGCGACACCUGGGUCGGGAGCCUGACGCUGGGGGACACCAGCUACAUCAACUUCAGGGAGGUCGACCUGCUCACCCGCUACGUCACCUCGCUGUACGUCGCCAUCGUCACCAUGGCGACAGUCGGUACGAUGAUGCUCUGCUCUCGAUCGACCAUCUUGUUGUCCACCAUGAAAUAUCUGCAGUUUCUGAUCGUGCAAAGGCAUUCAGGUUACGGCGACAUCCAUGCGGUGAACCCGAGGGAGAUGACCUUCACCGUGGCCUACAUCUCGUUCAGCAUCCUUCUCAGCGCGUAUCUGAUCGGCAACAUGACAGCGCUCAUCGUCAAGGGCUCCAAGACGGAGAGGUUCCGGGACAGGAUGACAGACCUCAUCAGGUACAUGAACAGGAACAAGCUAGGCGCCGGCAUCAGGUCCCAGGUGAAGGAUCACUUGCUGCUGCAGUAUGAGAGCAGCUACACCAAGGACAGAGUCGUCGACCAUAUCCCGGUUGCUGUUCGAUCAAAGUUGUCCCAGACACUGUACCUCGACAUGGUUUCUAAAGUGCGCCUGUUCAACGGAUGUUCAGAGGACUUCCUGAGCCAAAUUGUGGUAAAAUUGCAUGAAGAAUUCUUCCUCCCUGGUGAGGUUAUCUUAGAGCAAGGCACUGUGGUGGAUCAAAUUUAUAUUGUCGUACACGGAUGCCUGGAAGAGGUGGCCACUGGAGAAGGUGGAUCAGAGGAGAUCAUCUCAGAGCUGCUGCCUUACGACAUCGUCGGCGAUGUUGCUGUAGUUUGCAAUGUUCCACAGCCACACACAGUUAGGGUCUCUGAGCUUUGCAGCGUCCUGAGAAUCGAGAAGCAGUCCCUGACCAGCAUUCUGCAAAUUUACUUCAAGGAUAGCCGUCAGAUCUUGAGCAACCUACUGAAGUGGAGGAAAACCGAAUCCAGAGGGAAGCAGCUCGAAUCAGACAUCGCAUACCUGACAUCAAGGCAAGAAGCAGAACUUGUUCUCGGAGUGAACAAUGCUGCUUACCAUGGAGACUUGUUCCGUUUGAAGGGUUUGAUCAGUGCGGGAGCUGAUCCUAGUAAACCCGAUUACGAUGGAAGGACCGCACUGCAUGUGGCCGCGUUAAGAGGAUACGAAGAUAUCGUCAGGUUCCUGAUUCAGAGUGGAGCAGACGUCAACAGCAUAGAUAAGUUUGGGAAUUCACCGUUGCUGCUAGCCCUGAAAUCAGGGCACGAUAGGAUCACCUCCCUCCUGGUGAAGCACGGCGCGGCCCUGAACCUAGAGGAUGCCGGAGGGUACCUGUGCAGGGUGGCCACCGACGGCAGGAUCGGCCUGCUGAAUCGCCUGCUCAGGUUCGGCGUCGACCCCAACUGCAAGAACUACGACCGGAGGACGCCGCUUCACAUCGCCGCCGCGGAGGGCCUGCACCUCGUCGCCAGCAUGCUCAUAGGCUUCGGUGCGGAUGUUCAGGCUAAAGACAGGUGGGGAAACACGCCGUUGGACGAAGGGCGGAGAUGCAGCUGCAAGCCACUGGUCAGGAUCCUGGAGCAGGCUACAACAGCUGCAGUCGCUCAGUGAUCUGGAAAUCAAAUCUGCAUCCUAAUGUAGGAACUGCUGGCAAUGAAAUAUUCUUUCU